CCGCAGAGCGGGCAGCGACCACGAGGGGCGCCAGCAAGCCCAGCGCCGCCCCCCGACGCCGCCCCUCCGAGCCCCGGGGGCCAAGGGCACGACUGAACGGGGCCCUCCGGGCGGAGGAGGAGCCCCGGGGUGCGGAGGGCUCGGGAGGAGGAGGAGGCUCCGCCCGCGACGGCAUCCCCGCUCCCGGACGCUGCCUAAGCAGCUCAGCCCCGCCGCCCCCCCGGACCUGGCUCCUCCCCCUCCGCUUCUCGUCCGGCUCGCAGGGGGCGCUGCAGCAUCCGGUGCCGUCGGAGAGAGGAGCCGGCGAUGGCGGAGCGCAGCAGCGGCGGCGGCGAGGCCGGCGAGCGGCCCGGGCAGGUAGGGGCCCCGCCGGGGCCGGGGGGGGGGGCUUGCCGUCGGGGCCGGCUGCCCGCCUUUGACGCCCCGGCGGGGCUCUGCUCUCGCGUUCCCUGCAGGCGCCGUCGGGGCUUCCCAGCGCCGAGGAGAAGCUGCAGCAGCGGCGGGAGAAGAAGCUGCAGAAGAAGAAGAAGCAGCAGCGCCGCGACGCCGGGAAGGACGAGGCCGGGCAGCAGCAGCAGCAGCAGCAGGAGGCGGCGGCGGGCCCCCGAGGCCCCCUCCCCGUCGCGGAGCCCGCGCCGCCGCCUCUAGCGCCAGGUCGGGGCACCGGAGGGCGGGCCCCGGGCGGCGGGCUGGCUCUUCCCCGGCUGCCCUCCGCUGAGCCUCCGCCGCGCCCCCUCCUCUCUCCCGCAGGAGCGGAGCCUCCCGCGCCGUCGGGGGCCGACAAGGCGGGCAAGAGCAAGGCGGAGCUGCGCGCGGAGCGGCGGGCCAAGCAGGAGGCGGAGCGGGCGCUCAAGCAGGCGCGCAAGGGCGAAGCGGGGCCCCCGCCGCCGCCGCCCCGCCGGUGCCCAAGGCGCGCCCGCCGCCCGGAGAGACCCAGCCAGGUAAGGCGGCGCCCCGACGGGGAGGGCGCCCGGGGAAAGCGGCCGCUGCCCGGCCUCACCGCCUGCCCGGCCUGGUCCUUCUCCGCAGGGGUGAAGCGGCUCCCCGAGCACGUGCAGGUGGAUGAUGCGGCGGCGCAGAAGAAGCUGGCCAAGAAGCUGGAGCGACAGCAGGUAGGCGGCUGGGGGGGGGGCUUCCUCCGGGAAGAAGAUGCGGAGCGGAGGGGGCACCACGCCUUCCUCCCCCCCUCCUUGCGCCCCUUUUAUGUCCCCUUAUCACCCCACAAGUUUUGCGCAUUUGUAAGAAUUUCACGGCUUAAUCUGGCAGCGCCUGCCCUCUGGAACUCCCUGCCUCUUGAUCUCAAGCAGGUGCCCUCGCUGUAGUCUUUUAGUGCUACAAUUUGGGGCCUGCUUUUGUUGUUGAGUCGUUUAGUCAUGUCCGCCUCUUCGUGACCCCCUGGACCAGAGCACGCCAGGCACUCCUGUCUUCCACUGCCUCCCGCAGUUUGGCCAAACUCAUGUUCGUAGCUUGGAGAACACUGUCCCACCAUCUCGUCCUCUGCCUUCCCCUUCUCCUUGUGCCCUCCAUCUUUCCCAGCAUCAGGGUCUUUUCCAGGGAGUCUUCUCCUCUCAUGAGGUGGCCAAAGUAUUGGAGCCUCAGCUUCAGGAUCUGUCCUUCCAGGGAGCACUCAGGGCUGAUUUCCAACAAGAAUGCUUAGGAAGCGAUGGAAGUUUUAACCUUUUAGCCAUUUAACUUUUUGUAUGUUUUAAAGUGCUGUUGUGUAAGAUGGCUUCCAAAAAGGGAAACUCAAGAAGCCAUUAUUUAAUAUUUCUUGUUAUUUAUUAAGUUUGUAUGCUGCUCAUAGCUGUCAACUUUUCCCUUUUUUUUUUUGCGAAGAAUCCUAUUCAGAAUAAGGGAAUUUCCCUUAAAAAAAGGGGAACAUUGCCAGCUAUGAUGCUGCUCCUAGAUCUCAGGGCAGUUCCUGCAUAAAAAUACAAGAUUAAAACACAAAAGACAUAAUAAAAACAACCUCCGCUCCGCUCCGCUCCCCCCACCCCCCUCCUGCAGACACAUUUAAAAGCAGACCUGGCUGGUUAGUCAGCAAUGUUCUUUGUAGUUAGUGCAUCCAUUUUAUGAAAAUGUAAUAGUUAAAGUAACAGUAAUAAAAAUGUUGAGAUGUGGGGGACCCUGGAAGGCAGGCCCCCGUGGCGGAGGUGGAGAAGGCUGUUGUGGCUCAGGAAGGGAGAUCAGGGACGGGGGGGGGGGGGCAAUCCAUCUCCCCCUAGGGGCAUGGAGGGCAAAGGGUGGUGGGGCACUGCUGCCACUUCCAGGGGGUGCAGAGGGUCUUGACUCCUGCCCUCAGCCCCCCUUUUCUUCCUCUUCCUCUUCCUUCCUGCAGGUGCCUCUGAGGCCGGAUUACGGGGCCAAAGUCAGCCUCUUCUCCCAUCUCCACCAGUACAGCCGCAAGAAGCUGCUGACACAGCAGAUGAGGUGGGUGCUCUCCAGGGUGGAUAAAAACCAAUGGUUUUAAAAAAUGGUUUUAUUUAAAUCACAUUUUUUUAUUUAAAUUGAAUUUUUUUAAAAAAAAUAUUUUUGGAGGAAAAAAUCUUUCUAAAGAUAGUUUUCUAUUUAAGUUACAUUAUAGUCCAAAGGCUAGUCAUCAGGAAGUAAGGAUUUGUUUUAAGUUUUUCAUGUGUGCUAAAACUCAGUCUAAGUUUUUUUAAUAAAAAAAGUGUUUAACCAUAUCAGUUAACAAACACAGAUACGUAUGCUGUAAUGUAAUGUUACUGUUUUAGUUAAAUAGCUUAAAUUGUUAUUAAGGAAAUGAUUAUUUUUCUCCUUUCAAUAAAGUACAGCAGAAAAGUUGCCCAAUUAUAAAAGUUAACUUAUUAAACCUCACAAUAAUUUCAUAAUUAUCUGUUUUUAAUAGUAUAACCAAAUCAGUAAUUUUUGAUAUAACUGUAAAACCUACUCUUAAAAUUUAUUAUGCUAAAAAUGAAACCUUCCUCUAGUUGUAAAUAUUAAGAUGAUACCAGAAGGAAUGAAUCUUUCUGUAAAAAAAAUGAUUUAAAUUAAGUCUUACAAACUAGUGAUUUAAAUUGAUUUGAUUUAAAUCAAAUCCACCCUGGUGCCCUCUUGGCGCCCGUCCGUCACGUUCCGACCCCGGGAGCUCCAUGCUUCUGCUUCCGUGGAGGGCUCUGUUUCCCCCAUCAGGGCUGUGGGGCUGCCCCAUUCAUUUUAUGCUGCUUCUCGCUGGCUUCUGCAGAGUUUGUGAUGGGGCUGUUUUUAGACUGAUGAUGGGAAAAGGGAGGAGGAAGUUGGGGGGCUGCUCCAUCCAGCUCAGCCUCGCCCCCUUACAGCCGCCUUGGGGCUGAGCCCAGGGGGUUGGGCAAGAAGGAGCCUCUCCCAGGGCGGAGUUUGACAGUUCUUAAUAUUGUUUAUUUCCCAGGGUAUAUAAUUAAGUGGGUAGAGCAUGCAAUUAAAUUCCCAUGUAAAUGCACAGUGUCUCAAAUGUAUCUGCCCCAUCCUGCCCCAUCAGACUGCCUGCCCUCAGAUGCCAUCCUCAGCAAUGGGGCACCCAGCCCGUCUCCCCAUGGAAACACAGGAAUAAUGAGGGUACUACUAAUAAUAAUUUAUUAUUUGUACACCAGCCGUCUGACUGGGUUGCGCCAGUAACUCUGGGUGGCUUCCAGCGAAAAAAUAAAGGGGAGAAAACCAGCCACCACCAGGCAUUAAAAGCUUCCCAUCAGAGGACUGCCUUCAGAAGUCUACAAAAAGUUAUAUAGUUGUUUAAUUCUUUGGCAUCUGCCAGGAGGGCAUUCCACUGGGCAGGCACAACUCCUGGUUCCCUCUAAAUUCACUUUUUGCAAUGAGAGAAUUACCAAAAAGGCAUUUCAUUUUAGCAUCUCUACUUUUCUCUUUUGUGGUAUCUGAAAAAGUGUGUGUGGGGGGAGAGAGACAGCAAUCGCAACGCUGCUUCACAACCCGCAACCUUUCCCCUUCAAAAAAUGUGUUGAGGUUUUGUAUGGCUUUUUGAAAAUGAAUCUGUGAAGCGGGAAAAGUACCAGUUUGGGAGUGAGCACACAAACCACAUGUGUUUUACUCCAGUUCCUUUAUUAUGGUUGUUGCUGCUGCUGCUGCUGUUGUUAUUUCACUUUAUAUACCACUAUCCAAAGAUCCCAGAGCGGUGUGCAACAUCUAGAACAUAAUUUAUAUGCAACAUAAUAAUAAGGCACAGAAUGCACAGCGAAACAAAAAUCAAUAAUAACAACAGCCCCCCCCCCCAACAAGCCAUAAGUUAUUUAAUGGCCAGAGGCCUGGGUAAAAAAAAAUGUUCUCACCUCACGCCUAAAGAUGUUGUUGCUGCUGUUAAGAUUUAUAUACUAGAUACUACCCUUCAUCAUAAGAUCUCAGGAUGGUUCACAGGAUGCAAUGAUGGUGCCAGGUGAGCCUCUCUGGGGACAGCAUCCCACCACAGAAAAGACCUGUUCUUCAGUGGGUGCUUUAAUAAGGAUAAUGAUAAAUUUAUUUCUACCAGCCACUCUGGGCGGCUUUCAACAGAACCUUGAAAAGAGAAUAAAACUUCAAAAAUUAAAAACUUUCCUAAACAGGGUUGCCUUCAGAUGGGAAGCCCUCACAAGCCAAAGUGUAGGGGGAAAGGAAAGUGUGGCGCCAAGUGCAGAAUCACAGGGGGCGUGGAGUUGGGUCGCCAAAGUCCUCUUAAGGGAGGGCAAGAGGGAAAAGCAAACCUGUUCUGUCAUGUCCUAGAAAGGUGUGGCGCCUGUGUGAAAUGACUUGCGGUGCGUUUGUGUGUUCUUGUGCUCCCUGCAGCAUCCCAGCCUCUGCCAUCCACCCAGCGGUGGUGCGCCUCGGCCUCCAGUACUCUCAGGGCACCAUCAAUGGCUCCAACGCCCGCUGCAUCGCCCUCUUGAGGGUCUUCAAACAGGUGUGUGGAAGGUUCUGGGUGGGGUUGCGCAAAGGUGGUUUGCUGCAAGGAAGCGCCAAGUGAGGCACGAUGCAGCAGAGUAGCCGAACUUCACACCCAGACCCUGCCUGGCUGCCAGUCAGGGCUGGCAUCGCACUCGCAUCUCCCGGGUGAGCAGUCCAGGCAGUGGCAGCAUCCUGGCGUCACUGACAUUUCCGGAGGCUCUUCAAGGGCAGCCCCAAGCAGAGGGUGUGCCAGCAGUCUAGUCUCAAGACAGGAGCUGGCCUUCCCAGAAAACAGGCACAGCCUACGUUGGCGCCCUGGCUUCUGUCUGGGUGGGCAGAAGGAAAGCCAGGCUCCAGGGGGACCCCAUCUGCAAUAUGGCAGUGCGGGAAUUUUAUACUUGCUGUUGGCCUCCAUCUGUCUCCAGAGGCAAUGGAGUGUGCCUCCAGGGGUGAAGUCCAACUGCUGCAUUGGAGGCAGUGAAGUGACCUUCCCAGGAUGCAAACCUGGGCAGCGUGUCUGGAGGUCCAGGGCUGCCCAGAGAACAAGACCCCCCCCCCUUGAUCUCGCUGAUGGGGUCCAAAGGAAAGCAGAGCAAGACAUUUGGCACCAGCUUGGCUGCAGGAGUUGCUGGAAGGAGGCGUACUGGGCGCCAUCCAACCAUCUUGGAUUUACUCCUGAGCAGGAGGCGGGUGGCACUGUGGUCUAAACCACGGAGCCUCUUGGGCUUGCCAAUUGGAAGGUCAGCAGUUUGAAUCCCCGUGGAAUAGUGAGCUCCCCUUGCUCUGUCUCAGCUCUUGCCAACCUAGCAGUUUGAUAGUACACCAGUGCAAGUAGAUAAAUAGGUACCGCUGUGGUGGGAAGGUAAACGGCGUUUCUGUACGAUCUGAUUUCCAUCACAGUGUCCUGUUGCACCAGAAGUGGUUUGGUCCUGCUGGCCACAUGACCCUGUCAUAAAGCUGUCUGUGGACAAACGCCGACUCCCUUGGCUGGAAAGCGAGAUGAACGCCACAAGCCCAUAGUCACCUUUGACUGGACUUCACUGUCCAGGGGUCCUUUACCUUUUCGCUCCUGAGCCUUUUUCUUCCCCCAAAGAUGUCCCACAAGCAGAGGUUUAGGAUUAGGGUUUUCCUCGUUGUUGUUAUUAUUAAUAUAUGUAUGUUAAAUUUGUAUACUGCCUCUUCAAGGCAGUUCACAGCAAAAAAAUACAAGAUAAAAAUACAAAAAACAAACAAAACAAACCGAUAAUCCACCACUCCCUCCAACAACACCACAAAUAUUAUUAUUAAAUUUAUCUCCCCGCCCCUCCAGUUUUCCUAAUAUUGGUGCUCAAGAUCAGAGUCGUCCAGACAAGGCAGAAUUAACCCAUGGAAGCAGCAUUGGCAACUACCAUAUUUUUCGCUCUAUUGGACGCACCGGACCACAGGAUGCACCUAGUUUUUAGAGGGGGAAAUCAAGGGAAAAAAUAUUAUGCGUGCAGCCUGUCCGCUUCUCCCAGAGCUUCUCGGGGCUGCGGGGGAAGCCUGGGUCCCCCCCCCAGCCCCAAAGAGCAAAGAAGCCAAGACAGCGAGCGGGAUCCAUAGCCGUGCAACCUUUCCAGCGCAGCUAAAGAAGAAGACAAGGCAGCGAGCGCGAUCCAUCCCGCUCACUGCCUUGGCUUCCUCAUUAGCCUUGAGCGGCAUCUUUAGCCUUGCGCAACGGGAUGGAUCGUGCCCACUGUCCACCGGGGCUGGACUAGAUGACUCCUGGGGUUCCCUUCCAACCCUGCAAUUCUAUGACCUCGGAAGGUGUUGUGUUGGGGGUCUCCACCACUGGAGGCUUUUAAGCAGCAGUUGGGGGACCAUCUGUCUGGCGUUCUUUAGCUGUAAUUCCUACAUUGUGAGGGGGCUGGGCUAGAUGACCCUCGGGUGGCCCUCCCAACUCUAUACAGUCCUACAUGUCUGCGGCAGGAGAUCCACAGCCACUUCACACAAUGCCCACUCCCAAUUUUCAUUGGAGAGACAUGUGGCUUCAGUGUCUAGGUAGAUACCCCCUACCUGUCACUCUCCCCCCACCCCAAUUAAGCCGAGGGAAUUCCUGCCCAGAGAAGCUCCCAGGUGAGGCAAGGGUUAAGAUCUACCUCUGGUAAAUGGCUUUCCCUUUUCUCCUCUUCUUCUGUGCUAUUUCCUUCUUUUGUGUUUUGUUUAAUCUGUUUUUAUUGUAUACUAAAAUAAAAGCUGCAAAGUUUCCUUUUUUAUAAUAUCCUCCCCUCCAAACUAAAACAUUAAUCUAGAUAAAAACACUGAUCCAGAGGAAAAGAAGGGGGUGGAGAAAGGAUGAAAAAAGAAAAAGAGGUAGAGAUUGAGAGAUUUUUUAAAAGUUGGCUUCUUUAGCCUUGCGCAGCCUCCCGCGGCUGGAGAGGCACGCAAGGCUAAGGAGGAAGCCCGGGCAGUGAGUGGGAUGGAUCGCGCUCGCUGCCUGGGCUUCCUCUUUAGUCUUGCGCAGCCUCCCCGCGGCUGGAGAGAUUGCGCAAGGCUUUUCUAGAGGAGGGAGAAGGGACUGACUGACCAUGUCAGUCCCUUCUGCCUCCUGGGGAAAAGCCUGCAAGAGCUGCACGAAGCUUGUGUGUGGCUCUUGGGGGCUUUUCCUGCCUGCCUCCCCCCUGCAUUCGCUCCAUAGGACGCACAGACUUUCCCCCUUAGUUUUUAAGACGGAAAAACUGCGUCCUAUGGUGCGAAAAAUACGGUGACCUGGGUGGGAUUAGGAGAGGGCUGUGGGUGGCCUCUGUCUCCUGUGCCUCUGCAGAGAUUGGUGGGCCUCCCAGGAGAGGCGUCUGGCUGGCCCCGGGCGGAAUCAGGGCGCUGGGUGAGCUGCCAUCUCAUGACCGCUGCCCCUCUUGUCGUCCUGGCAGGUGAUCGGGGACUACACCACCCCAGCCAACGAGGAGCUCUCGCGGGACCUGGUGAACAAGCUGAAGCCCUACAUCAGGUGACGGGGAGGGGCUGGCCCCCCUUGGGGAAAGAGAGGGAGUGGGGCAGGCAGCCCUGGGGAGCCAUGAGGCUGGGCUGAGUGCUCCUUUCCUCCUGCAGCUUCCUGAACCAAUGCCGGCCCCUUUCCGCCAGCAUGGGCAACGCCAUCAAAUUCCUCAAGAAGGAGAUCUCUGCGCUGCCCGCCUCCAUGCGCGAGGAGGAGGUGAGUCCAGCAGCGCCUUGGGGGGCAGGGGCCUGGGCUUGCCAUGGGGUCCGUGGCAGGCGCAAGAGGGGCACCGUCUCUCUGCCAUGCUCCCUGGCGGAUUUGAGUGGCAGCGGAGCCCACCACAAGCUGCCAGACCUCUCUGGGUUCAUCCUUGGGGUGGUAGCCCCGUCCUUGUGCCAGCUUGGGAGGCAGAGGGCUUUUUGGUGUCCUCUGGGGGCACGCAGGGGGCUCUUCCCCUCUCGGAGAUGGGCCAGAGAGUGUGGUGUGAUCAGGCCCCCCUCCCGCAACAGGCCAAGCGAGACCUCCAAGAGGCCAUUGACAGGUACGAGCGGGAGAAGAUCGUCUUGGCGGCUGAAGCCAUUUCCAAGUCUGCCUUAGAGAAGAUCAACGACGGGGACGUCAUCCUCAUCUAUGGAUGGUAUGGAGUCGAGGGUGAGGGGUGGGCACCCUGCUGUGGGCGGCAUGGGUCUUGUCGGCUGAGGAGCUGAGGUGUUGGAGGGGGCUGGCUCCCGGGAGGCCUGUUGGAGCCCGGCCUGCAGUUCCCGCCCCUGGAUGGGCUGACCUGUGCCCUGUGAGGAGGGCCGUCUUACCUAUAGGUGCUAGGGAUGCGGGACACCCGGGUGCCAGGCUCUCAGGGGCUCUAGGCCAAGAGUCUGGGGCCCAAGAGUUGAGUCCGGGGAAGAGCCCGCCUGUCGGUCGGAGCGUUGUGGCAGGCUCUUCUGCUGUGGCAGGCUGCACCGCGAGUUCAGGGGCGACCGAGCCAGCGAGACGCUGAGACAGCCCUGCCCGUGAGAUGGGUUGUGAGAGCAGCAGAGGGUGGGAGGCAGCAGGAGCAGGAAGGCCCCUCCUCACCCCUUGCUCACGUUUGCCUGGCAGUUCCUCCCUGGUGACGCGCAUCCUCUGUGACGCCCACACCCAGUGCCGCUCUGCAGGCCGUGCCUUCCGCGUGGUGGUGGUGGAUAGCCGCCCACGGCUGGAGGGGCAGGAGACGCUGCGCCGCCUGGUCAAGCAGGGCAUCUGCUGCAGCUACGUCCUCAUCAAUGCCGUCUCCUACGUCUUGCCCGAGGUGAGGACGGGGAGCAGGGGAGCAGGGAGGCUCUUUCUGCUGGCAGAUGGACUCUGCAAAGGCUUUGUGCUUCCGCCUUGGCCGAGUCUGGGUGGGGGCUUCUCCCCGGCACCCUCGCUGGGCGUGAAAGAGUGCCGAGAUCCCCAGCUCCGCUUCCUCCCCUGGCAGGUGUCCAAAGUGCUUCUGGGCGCGCAUGCGCUGUUGGCCAACGGCUCCGUGAUGUCGCGCAUGGGCACCUCGCAGAUCGCGCUGCUUUCGAAGGCCCACAACGUGCCGGUCCUGGUCUGCUGCGAGACCUACAAGUUCUGCGAGAGAGUCCAGACUGACUCCUUCGUCUCCAACGAACUCGGUACGCUGCAGGUCCCUUGGGGGGUGGGAGGUUGGGGGACCCACUAACAAGAAAGGGAGCAGCAGGGAGAUGCCCAGCUGGUACUUUUUGCUAAUAAUAAUAAUAAAUAAUAAAUUUAUUAUUUAUACCUCACCCAUCUGGCUGGGUUUCCCCAACCACCCUGGGCGGCUUCCAACAGAACACUUAAAAUACAAUAACCUAUUAAACAUUAAAAGCUUCCCUAAAAAGGGCUUCCUUCAGAUGUCUUCUAAAAGUUUGGUAGUUGUUGUUCUCUUUGACAUCUGGUGGGAGGGCGUUCCACAGGGUGGGCGCCACUACUGAGAAGGCCCUCUGCCUGGUUCCCUGUAACCUCACUUCUUGUAGGGAGGGAACCGCCAGAAGGCGCUGGACCUCAGUGUCCGGGCUGAACGAUGGGGGUGGAGACGCUCCUUCAGGUCUACUGGACCGAGGCCGUUUAGGGCUUUAAAGCUCAGCACCAACACUUUGAAUUGUGCUCGGAAACGUCCUGGGAGCCAGUGUAGGUCUUUCAAGACCGGUGUUAUGUGGUCCCGGCAGCCACUCCCAGUCAUCAGUCUAGCUGCCGCAUUCUGGAUUAGUUGCAGUUGCCAGGUCACCUUCAAAGGUAGCCCCACGUAGAGCACAUUGCAGUAGUCCAAGCGGGAGAUAACUAGAGCAUGCACCACUCUGGUGAGACAGUCCGCGGGCAGGGAGGGUCUCAUCCUGCGUACCAGAUGGAGCUGGGAGACAGCUGCCCUGGACACAGAAUUGACCUCUGCCUCCAUGGACAGCUGUGAGUCCAGAAUGACUCCCAGGCUGCGCAUCUGGUCCUUCAGGGGCACAGUUACCCCAUUCAGGACCAGGGAGUCCUCCACAUCCGCCAGUCUCCUGUCCCCCAAAAACAGUACUUCUGUCUUGUCAGGAUUCAACCUCAGUCUCAAUCAUAAUGCCAUGAGAACACCCAUUUCCCUCCCCGCAGCCCUCUGUAAGUUGAAAGGGUCCUGGGGUACGUACAGGGCGCUCCCUCCCUCAGCUCGCAGGGGCAACUCUGCCAUGGCAGCAAGCGGAGUGGGGGAAGCCUGUAGGGCUCCGGGAAGCCCCUCUAGCCUGCUUUCUUGAGGCUGCCCAGGAUUGUUGCCUGAUCUCCUGCCUCUGAGCUCAGGAAGCCACCUUGUCCUCAUGCUGGACAAGGAGAUGCUGCUGAGCUCCUUCUACAUGCCAAGCAGAUGCUCUGCCAUGGAGCCCAGGCCCUUGCACUCAAGCCCCAUUAUUGGGGCUGCCCCAGAGCUUGGCCUUGGGAGGGAGGGAGAACCCUAACCCUCCUCUUGCCGGGGGGUGGGGAAUGGCAUCCUCCCGCUGACCCCGGCUGUCCGCUGUGCCACUUGCAGAUGACCCCGACGACCUGAUUGGUGGGAAGCCAGGGAGGACCCCGCUGGCCAACUGGCAGGAGAGCAAGUCUCUGCGCCUCCUCAACCUGGUCUAUGACGUGACCCCCCUGGAGCUGGUGGACCUGGUCAUUACGGACUUGGGGAUGAUCCCUUGCACCUCCGUCCCGGUUGUGCUGCGGGUCAAGAACGUGGAGCAGUAAUGCCAAUGGGGUGGGGUCAAUAAACCUGUGUGUGCCCUGCUCCCUGCCUCCGCUGCGUG